GCUAAAUAUCUUUUUGGGCCUCCGCUUGCUGAAUAUUGGGUGCCGACUUGAACUUGGACAUAUAUAAGGAGAUUGAGGGUUUUCUACAUUUCAUCUGCGGCAUUCCUCCAGAACCCUAGUUCUCCACUAGCAGCCGAGAAGAAGAAGAGACUUGAAAUGGCGAGGAUUAAGGUGCACGAGCUGAGGCAGAAGAGCAAGGCGGAGCUUUUGGCGCAGCUGAAGGAGUUGAAGGCGGAGCUGUCUCUGCUGCGCGUAGCCAAGGUCACCGGCGGGGCGCCGAACAAGCUGUCCAAGAUCAAGGUGGUCAGGCUCUCGAUCGCCCAGGUCCUCACCGUGAUUUCCCAGAAGCAGAAGGCCGCUCUCAGGGAAGUCUACAAGAACAAGAAGUACUUGCCGCUCGAUCUCCGCCCCAAGAAGACCCGUGCCAUCCGCCGCCGCCUCACCAAGCACCAGGCGUCUUUGAAGACAGAGAAGCAGAAAAAGAAGGAAAUGUAUUUCCCUCUGAGAAAGUAUGCCAUUAAGGUUUAAAUUAUAGCUUGUGCUCAAGCAGAUGGUGAAUUUCAGAUUUCAAAUUUUGAAGGAUAUUGAUUUGUCUUAUUUUAUAGACUUUCUAGAUUUGCAGUCAGUUGAUUUGUACUGUCCGUAUGGUCCUGACAUGUUCUCGCAUUAUGAUGCUUUGUCACUUAAUCAUAUGCAUUUUGCUGAAGAUCAUUCGAUUGA